UGGGAUGACGACGGACGGGAGCAGGAGAGACGACAGAAAUCACAAGGAGUGUAGCUAGUCUCCCUUGUGAUUCUGGAAAGAAGAAGAGGCAGAUCAGAAAUCGCAGGCGACGGAGGAGAGAGAGGUCUUGGAAGGCGGAGACUUCUCUUGUCGUUUGCGGCUAGGGCUUUUGAGAGAGAGCAUAUCUACGUUAAACAACAUAUAUAAACCAACGUAACAGGAUAUGGAACGUCGAAGGCCGUGUACGGGGAAUCAACCUAGGUAACGGGAGAUUUCAGUUCGACUUUGAUAACGAAGCUGACCUCCUCUCGGUACUAAGCAAGCGCCCCUGUCACUUCAAUCAAUGGAGCUUCGCGCUUGAACGCUGGGAACCUUUCACCAGCGAGUCCUUCCCCAACACAAUCCCUUUUUGGAUCAGUGUCACCGGAGUCCCAGUUCACUUCUGGAAUGAUCCGACUUUCAUUGUGAUCUCUAAAGUCCUCGGCCCUUGGAUCUCCCUUGACUCGAAAAGAGCAAGGUUUCAAGUCUCUGUCAAUGUUGACAAGCCUUUACAAUUUGAACGCCGCCUUGAAUUUCCGAAUGGAGACAUCGGACGUGUCUCCUUCUCCUAUGAAGGUCUCUUCAGAUACUGCUACACUUGCCAUAUGAUCUCGCACGAUGAAUCUGCAUGUCCCCUGCUUACUCCCGAGGAGCGAGAACAAAAAAGGCAGCAGAGAGCAGAGCUUAAUGCACAAGUAGACCCAUCCACUGGACGAGUGAGAAGCGACGAUCGUGCUGGUUACACGAAACGGCCCCGUUCCCCGACAAGCGGGCGUUCAUCCCCUCCUAUAGGGCGUAAUCGAACCUCUACCUCCAACCUCUCUAAAAACGACUAUCAUCGCGAGGAAAAAAGGCAAAGAAAAUCUCCAUCCAGGGAUAGCAGAGCCCCCAUUCCCAGCCACCCGGAGAUGGAAAACAAUCGCGAAACCUCAACUCGCAGUCAACCUCGCAACGAGGAUGUAUGGAGACGCCUGGAACUACCAUCUCGCACAUCUUCCGUUUAUGGAAAGAAUACUACGGCUCGUGCUCCCCAUAGAGAUAAACAAUACCCGCAGAAGCGUAGAGAGACAAACCGUCCAGCCCCCUACGGCAGUCGUCAAAGCUACCGCUCCCAAGAAGCUCGCUCCUGGCGCCCCCGAUCACCUCCAAAGAACCCUCGCUACACUGAUCCAGCGCCAGUGUCCUCUCGUGCUCCCCAUUUGGAACGCAAAGACCCCGCCACUGAGGUACCCUCCCUUGCUAUCUCGGAUUCUCAACGAACUAUUUCGGACCAACUAGGCCAACUGGAGCUGGGAGAAAUCAACAGGGGAGAACUCCCAAAAAGCCCAGUGGCUGAAACGACGGAGGAACGCCAAAGACGUAUCAAGGGGAAAGCUCAUAUGACAGACACCCCUACCUCCAGAGAACGGGAGCCACGCAUCAGAACCUCCUCUCUCUCCAUCCGUGAACCAUCAAACGAACUCCAAGCUCUGCCUCACAAUGUUGACCCUUGCAGUGUCGACCCCGAGCUCAACGCCCCUGCUCCUGCUCCCAUCCCGACUGCUCCUUCUCAGGGCCCGAUGAAUAUGGCUCCAAAAAAUCUGGAGUUCGACCUUGACAUGGAAUUUGAACAGGAACUAGACAUAACACUCACAGAGGAAGAAUUGGCUCUGGUCGAUACAAUGGUCCAAGAAACUGAACUUUUGGAAAUGGAUGCUGAGAUGAUGGAUAACGAUGACCUCCUUGGUGAUGAUCUCAUAGAUGAGGUCCCGGAUGAAAAUGCGGAAAAAAUUGAUGCCAUUUCCCAAUUAUCUCCAGCAAUGGCUGCGAUUAAUAUGGAUAUGCAGGAGGAUCUACCGCCACCAACUUGGAAGGUACCACCGCAAGCUCCGAAAACAGCGCCCGUAACCCAAGACGUGCUCCCUACAGACCCUCCUGCGCAUAUCGCUAAAGGAUAUCUCAAGAAACAAGCCCCAAAGAACUCUGAUGCAAAGUGUGUCAAAGCUACCAAAGCCUCGAAGAAGCUCAGUCAGCUCAGAGGCCGCGACUCACCCAGGAAGCGCUCCACCCUGGGUUCGGUGGUGUCCCAGAAACCACCCAGUAAGAAGAUAUGAGUGCCAUAGCUUGGAAUUGUCAGGGCGCCGGAGCUUACCUGACCAAGAAACACCUCCGGGAAUUGCAUCGUUGUUUUAC